CUGCACCUGUGCAGAUCUCUGGACACAGAAAUCUUGCAUAGUGGUAGCUCUAUGCUCAUACAACCAGGCUAGCAUGUGGUCACCACCUCCUGCUUCAUCUGGGAACAAGAUGACUCUUUUACAGCUGGGCAAGACCAGCUGAAGUGGCCACAGAUCAUUCCCCGUCCCUAUCCAGGCAUUCUCAACAAGGCUGAGUCAGUGGGCAAGACAAGGUCCUUACUCAAAACCGAACUGGGAUGCCACAAAAUCAGCCCCCACAUUCACCCAAAAAAAAAAAAAAAGAAAGAAAGAAAAGAAAGAAAGAAAAGGGGAAAUUCAGAUUAGUCACAAAGAAGUUCCCCGCCUGCUGCUGCUGCUCUGUGUGUGUGUAUAAAACCCUGAGCCACUCCUGAAGACACUUUGUUCAUUUCAUUUUGGGACAACACACCUACUGCUUCUGCUUCAUUCCCUUCGAGAGAUUUGCCCUUUGUGCAGAAGCAGGGGAGGGCUUUUUCUUUCAUCCAAUUCUGCUGGCAGGUUGGUGGCAGGGAGGCUGGGAUGGAAGGGAUGCUGGAGAUGGAGGCCCAAAGGCUGGAAGAGCAGCUGGAGCUGGAGAGGAGACAGGUCAGAAGGAACAGGCUGCAGCUGGUGUCUGCAGUGGCCCAGUGGAUAGUAUUGCUCUCCUGCUUGGUCUACUUUGGUCUUGGUUUCCUGCAUCCCCCUACGACUCCAAAAUCCCAGUGGAUCGAAGUUGCAGCCACAGAUUACGUCCCCAAGGAGAAACGCAUCAAUAUCUCUUGGAAUCGGGGCACCAUGAACGUCAGAAACCUCUCCAUCCCGAUCUACUGUGAUGGCUUCUACCUGGUUUCCCUGAAGGGAACUAUCAAGGCAGUGUCCCAGAGGAAUGCCUCAUUGAGCCUUAAGGUGUACAAGCGGUCCGAUGCAUCCAUCUUGUGUGUGAAGGUCACAGAAGAGGUAAUAGAUUCGGUGACGGUGUCCGAGAUGCGGUUUAAGGAUGAAGUCUACUUGGAGGCCAACAGAGAUGCCAACUACAAAGAUUUGACACUGGGCCUCUUCUUACUGACUCCUCGCUCAGACUGCUUACCAGACGCGUAUAAAAUGUAAAGUAAUGCCCCUGCAAUCAAAUAAAACUGGGAAUUGGAACCCAGCACCUAAACUCAUGGGAGGGUUAUGUCCAAUAGGCUGUAUAUGUUCAAAAAACUUACCAUGGCCUCGCCUCUCAGGGGCUUGUGGUAUGUCUGAGUGAGAGAGUUCUCAUGGCUAGUGCAAACAAGCCAAUGUGCAAAUGGUCUUUAUACAGCACAUGUCCUGUUCCUCUCUUUGGGGCUUACCACAGCUAUUUUGUUAGCUGAAAUGGGAGAAAUGUACAGUGUCCUCAAGAAGAAUGAAGAGGACGCCACUGAAAAUUACCAGUGCUUGUCUCAGAGUCAGAGGAAUCCUGGAUUCUCUAUUUAUUUGAUAAUAUUUGUAUAUAAUUGAAAUGCCGUGUACAUUUGCUGAAAACAGUCACUUCAAUCAAGAAGGGACCUGGUUUGUCUUGAAGCCACCUGGGCGAGUUGGAGACUCCAGGGACCCACCACACAACCUUUGCCUCGUUGUGAAGGAAAAGAUGAAGAGAUGGCAGGCAAGGUGUCCCCUGUGGUGAUCCAGAUAAAUGUGCCCUGAAAGACUCAGGAAAUGAAAAAAUAAAAGUGUUUGGAAGUGAGAGAAGAAGGCUGGAAUGGACAAGUGAGAGACUGUUACAAAUGGCUUUUUAAAAAGAAAGAGACAAAUUAAAAUGCUGGCAGUGUCUAAUAAUCUGCAAACUCAGUGGCACCAUAUGUCAUAUGCACACGUGCGUAUGUGCACGUGCACACACACACACACACACACACACACACCCCUGAAGUUCUUGGGUAGGGUGAGCCCAUCUCUAAUAUGCACAUUUACUCACAAAUACACACAAAGAUUUGGAUAUAUGCCCUCAGUGACUCUGUCAUUUAUUCAGACACUCAUGCAGAGCCUGAUCCCAUACCCACUGAAGGCAAGAAGUAGACUGCUGUUGACUUUAAUAGGCCCAUGGUCCCUAAUCUCUUUAGAGGUAGUGAAUUUGGAAGACAAGGACAAUCUUUCCAGGGCUAAGUGUAGUAUGUGACUUGGACACAUACAGAAACCUGGCACAGAAAUACAAAACAAUUCCUUUAUGGUGGGUUUGAAGGAACAAUUUGUCUGCAGAGCAACUGACACAAAAGUGUGAAAACAAAUACAUAUUUCAGGCUUGAUUCACAUGAGGAAGCCUGCCUAGGAUGCACCUUGGUGGCUGUGCAGAUCCUGCAGAUUUCCUAAGGUGUCGAGCAGGGCUGGGCAUUCUCGUGGUGUCGAGCCAAAUAUUUCCAGCUAUGGAAUGAACACAUGCUAUUUAUUGCCUUAGUUGCAAGCCAGGAGAACUUUCAAGUCCUGGCAAGCGGAGCACCUUCUCCCCCACCUUUCAUCUUAAUUAAAAAACAAACAAACCCACCCUAGGA